AUGGUUAAUUGCAAGGUUGCACCAGUUAAUUUAAAUGAGAAGAUGCAGGUUGAUGAUGGUACUGAACCAGUAAAUGCAAGACACUUCAGAAGCUUGGCUGGUAGGUUAAUCUACUUAACUCAUACCAGGCCGGAUAUUGCUUUUUUAGUUGUGGUUAUUUCUAGGUUCAUGCACUGCCCCUCAAAACAUCAUCUUGGAGCUGCAAAAAGGGUCUCGCGUUAUAUAGUUGGAACAAUUGAUUUUGGGCUGUGGUAUGGUCAUGUUUCGGAUUUUAGGUUGUGUGGGUUCACUGACAGUGAUUGGGCUAGCUGUUUGGAAGAUAGAAGAAGUACUUCGGGCUACAUGUUAAAUCUUAGGUCAACUGCCAUUUCAUGA